GGGUAAACCAGACCUGAGGUUGUCUAUAAAUAGAGUAGAAUAAUUAAAGGACUCAUCUGGACUUGUUUGCCCCAGGACCAUGGGCUUUCCUUGGGGCAGCAUUUUGCUGCUGUGUGGAGUAGCUCUGCUCUGGACGGAGGGCAGCAGUGGACCCCAACAGACCAAGAACAAUGUCCCCCGACUAAAACUCUCCUAUAAGGAGAUGUUGGAGUCUAACAAUCUAGUGACGUUUGAGGGCAUCACGAACAGUUCAGCUUACCACACGUUCUUGCUGGAUGAGGAGAAAGGAAGAUUGCUGGUGGGAGCCAAGGAUCACAUUUUCUCCUUCAACCUGCUCAACAUCAGCAAAGACAAAGCAAGGAUCUCUUGGCCAGCUUCUCCCACCAGAAGAGAUGAAUGCAAGUGGGCAGGAAAAGAUGUCCCGAGAGAGUGUGCAAACUUCAUAAAGGUGCUGCAGCCGUUCAACCAAACCCAUUUUUAUGUUUGUGGUACCGGAGCCUUCCACCCUGUCUGUUCCUACCUGGAGGUGGGCAGAAAACCAGAGGAUGGUGUGUUCAGACUGGAGCCACAUGUAGAGAACGGCAGAGGGAAGAGUCCCUAUGAUCCCAAGCUGCUCACUGCUUCCAUGCUAAUUGAUGGGGAACUUUAUGCUGGAACAUCAGCUGACUUCAUGGGGCGGGACUUUGCCAUCUUUCGCACUCUUGGCACACAUCAUCCAAUCAGGACGGAGCAACAUGACUCCCGGUGGCUGAAUGAACCUAGAUUUUUGGGCGUGCAUCUCAUCCCAGAAAAUGAAAAUCCAGAAGAUGACAAAAUCUACCUGUUCUUCAGAGAGAAUGCAAUGGAAGGAGAACAUGCCGGAAAGGCCACAUAUGCUCGCAUUGGACAGCUCUGCAAGAAUGACCUGGGAGGUCACAGGAGCCUGGUCAAUAAGUGGACUACCUUCUUGAAAGCUCGGCUUAUUUGCUCCGUGCCAGGGAGUAAUGGAAUAGACACUCACUUUGAUGAACUGCAGGAUGUUUUUCUCGUGAGCACAAAGGAUCCCAAGAGCCCAAUCAUCUAUGGAGUGUUUACCACUUCCAGCAACAUUUUUAAAGGUUCAGCAGUGUGUAUGUACAGCAUGACAGACAUUAGGAGAGCCUUCCUGGGUCCAUACGCCCAUAGAGAUGGACCCAACUACCAGUGGGUGUCCUUCCAGGGGCGUGUCCCCUACCCCCGACCUGGCACAUGCCCUAGCAAGACAUUUGGUGGCUUUGACACAACCAAGGACCUUCCUGAUGAAGUUGUCACAUUUGCCAGAAGUCAUCCAGCCAUGUUCAACCCUGUCUAUCCAAUUAACAAUCGACCAAUCAUAGUCAAAACAGACGUGGACUACCAGUUCACCCAAAUAGUUGUUGACAAAGUAGAGGCUGAAGAUGGCCUAUACGAUGUUAUGUUCAUAGGCACAGACAUGGGAACUAUUCUGAAAGUUGUAUCGAUCCCCAGAGGCUCCUGGCAUGACUUAGAGGAAGUUCUGUUAGAAGAAAUGACUGUCUUCAGAGAACCAGUGGCCAUUAAAGCCAUGGAACUGUCAACCAAACAGCAACAACUUUAUCUUGGGUCAGAUAUCGGUGUGUCUCAGAUGCCUCUACAUCGAUGUGAAGUUUAUGGGAAGGCUUGUGCUGAGUGCUGCCUGGCAAGGGACCCAUACUGUGCAUGGGAUGGCACUGAAUGCUCCAGAUACUUUCCAAUGGCUAAGAGGAGAACAAGAAGGCAAGACAUCAGGAACGGAGACCCACUCACUCAGUGUUCAGACCUGCAGCACCAUGAUGAACUAAGUGGACUGGCAACGCUGCAGGAUAAAACUGUGUAUGGUGUGGAGAACAGCAGCACAUUCCUCGAAUGCAGUCCUAAGUCCCAGAGAGCCACAACACAUUGGCAGUACCAGCACUCCACAGAGGAUCACAAACAAGAGAUCAGAUCAGAGGAGCGUUUUAUUCACACUGUCCAGGGUCUUCUUAUUCGAACUCUUUACAAGGAGGAUUCUGGCAUUUAUCUGUGCCAGGCAGUGGAACACGGCUUCAUGCAGACCGUUUUAAAAGUUAACCUUGAAGUCAUCGAUGCAGAACGGCUGCAGGAUCUUUUACACCCCGAUGAAGCUGCAACGACCAGUGUCCAUGCCCCCAAAACGUCCUCGUCUAGAGAAACUCCUAAUCAAAAGCUUUGGUACAGAGACUUCCUGACUUUGGUCAAUCACCCGACUCUGAACAGUGUGGACGACUUCUGUGACCAGGUUUGGAAACGUGAGAGGAAGCACAAGAGGCAGAAAGCUCACCAAGUGCAGCAAGUGCAAACACAGCAGCAGCAGAAGGCUGUGGCGAGUCCUCACAACAGCAUGCACGUGCAAGGAAUGGCAUCCAAGUGGAAGCACCUGCAAGAAAGGCAGAAGGGUCGCAACCGCAGGACCCAUGAGUUGGAGAGGGCACCCCGCAGUGUCUGACCGACAAACCAUGACUUUCACAGCCGAGGCUUCAGACCACACCCAGAUCUCAUUCUGUACACCUGAUGAACUUAUUAUUUUCAUCUCCUUCAAUAUGUGAAAAACAGACAUAGACAAAACG